UUUCUCUUUCUCUCUCUCUCUCUCUCUCUAUUUCUCUUUCUAUAUGUUCUUUCACCUCCAACACACAAACCAAUCUCACCAUCUUUCAACUCUGGCACACCCUCCACUUGUCCGUACGAUUCCACGCUUCUGUUUCUGUUCUCUUCUGUUGCCUCUCUUCCGAAAAAACCCCAAAUGUAAUGUGAAGAUUCUGAGUUUCUUUCUACCUUUGCGUUAAAGAACAAAGCUGGAAUUCGAGUCACGUGAGUUUCUUCUUUUGGUUCUUGAAUCAUAUUAUCACUUUUGGAAACCAAAAUAAAUAAGAAAAGAAUGAAAGGGAAAAGAGGUAGCUUUGGGUUUCGUUUUGGUGUUUAAUUCUCUGCAAAUUUUCAAAUGGGUAUGAAAGCUCCGUGUGAAUGAGAAUGGAAACAGAGGCAUCAGAGGCAGAGCUCCUUUUAUGGCCAUUGCAAUUGGUAGUUGGGUGGCACACAUGAUACUCGUACAUAUAUGUAUCAUAUGUUGCGAUACACACAAAUGUAUUCAGUUCCAAACUUGGGAAUCCAAAGCCACCCAGAAUCAACCCAAAAAAUGAACCAUCUCUGCUCUGGAUUAUCCGCCAACAGCAAACCCACAAAUCCGGAAAUAUGUAAUUUUGUUGUAAAAAACAAAAAGGACCCAGAUUCAGAAUCAGAGCUGAGCGCUUGGUUAGAGGCUUUAAUGGGGGUGGGAGGACCCCAGUAGACACGUGGUGGUGUUAAUUAAGGGAUUCUGAAACGACAGAUAGCUUUCACUAGGUGAGGCUAUCACUCUCUCUACACUUUGGCAGGAGCAGCUACGCCGUUGUAGGGUACCAUACUACUAGUAGUAGUAGUCACAGCCUGUAUGGUUCGUUUUCCACUUUAUGUUUCUUGUAAUUCGCCAUUAAUGCUUUUAGAAAAUUGCUUCAGAAAGCGUAUCACUGAGUAUGUACGGUCCCAAUGCACUCCUAUAUAUCUAUGAGACCAUUACUUUGUGCGUUCUGAACCCUCUCUAUUCUUACCAUACCGCCAAUUGGUGAAAAAUUUUCAGGUUUGUGUUUCAAUUUCUUGAAUUGGGCUUCUGAAAUUUGUGUCAAUUUGCGGGAUUUGAUUGGUUUAGGUUGGGUUUGACGUGGGAAUUUGGUUAGUUAAUUGGAUUUGUUGUUGAAAUCUUUGCUCAAUCACUUGUGUUGCAGAGAUUAAGUUAAAGAAGUUAUUGAGAUUUUGGAGAAACCAAAAGAGUUUGCAAAAGAAGCACAACACUAGCGUCUUGUUUCCCGGGCCGCGCCGCUCGUGUUUGUCGCUCGUGCGCUGCAAAAUCUUCACCGAAACCCAGAUCUCGAGAGCCCCUACAUUACGGCUUCAGUUGAUGAGGUGUUAGGGGGUGCGCAGCUUUACAAUUCUGCACACCCCUUCUCUUUGUUCUUCUCCAUCACCUUUCCUUUCUCCGCCAUUUUCUCCCUGCAAUGCCAACCCUUCAAUUUAUAGUGGGUUCAAUGCAGAGCACUUGGAGGUGUUGAGGUGUUGUGGCUUUGUUUUUUUAUGUGUUUAUGCGUGAACUUUGACCUUUGGAGGUGUUGCACAAGCCACAAUCAUAGGGGGGUCGGUAAUUGUGUUGAAUUGUGCUGUUGCUUUGCAUUGAAAUCGAGGUACAGUCUUCGAACCUUGAAGCUUUGGUCACUGUUUCCGGCAUUUGAUUAUUCUGCGAUUUCUGGGUCUUGGGUAUUCUUUUUAUAUCUGUAUUGGGAUCCCAAUUGGAGCUUUAGAAUAUGCCAAGAACGCUAGUCAUUGCUAUUGUCAUGAGAUUAUUGGUUCUUCAUGGUUAGUUCCUCGUUCCCACCCCUGCAUUUGAAAACCCAUUUUUUAUUUCUAUAUUUAGUUUAAUUGCUUGCUGUGGGUGGCGUCUUGUUUUUUGGCUUAUUUAGUGAGUGAAACUCGGUCCGUGAAUUGGGGUUUGGUUGGGAUAUAAAGGGUUCUGAGUGUUGAAUGAUACAUAGGGGUGGUGAUAGGAGAUUGGUUUUUGAUGUGGAAUAUUGGUACUGAAAGACAUGUUGAGGUCUGAUGAGGGAGAAGAUGAUGUGUUCUUUGAUUCUAUGGAUCACCUGUCAUGUGAAGAGUCUGUUCGUGCUAAAGAGGAGUUAGGCUGUGGUAAGUUGGAUUAUGAAAUUUGGAGGAAUGAGCCACGGAGUGUUAGGGAAAGAAGGGAAAGUUUUCUACGCGGAAUGGGGUUUGUUGAAUUUGUUCCUGAGCAUGACAAGGCCUUUGGAAACCCUCCAGAGAUGGUGGAAUUGGGAAGGAUUACAGAAUGCAGUGGAGCAGUCUCGAGUUCUUCGGUUUCAUCGAUUCAUUGUACAGAGGAAAAUUCAGUUUGUAGCGGAAGAGAAGGGGAUGUUGGAGCCAAUUGCAUGGUUGAUGCAUUGAACCAACAGCAGUCAGAGAAACAGAAUAUAGAUUUUGAGGGGGAGACUCGGGGGCUUUUGCCUUCUGCCCAAGAAUUUGAAUGUAAUGAAGGCCAGGCUUGUGUAGAAGGAUGCAACAAUCUUGAUAUGGAUAAGAAAACAAGGAGUUGGUGGAAACGCUUCAUAAGCAAGAGGAAAGGAAGAGAUGCUGCCUCUGCAUCUCAGGUUUCAAAGCAAACUUCUGAAACACCCAAGAUAAAUCAAAUGAAGGUGAGGCAAAACAAGAAGAGGUGCAUGGAAUUCACUGCACUCUGUAUUGGACAAGAGAUUCAAGCUCACAAGGGCUUCAUCUGGACGAUGAAGUUUAGUCCAGAUGGCCAGUAUCUGGCCAGUGGUGGUGAAGAUGGCGUGGUUCGCAUAUGGUGUGUUACAUCAACAGAUGCCUCUUGCAAAUAUCUUACCACCGAAGGUAAUUUUGGUUGUGAAGUUAAAGAUGGCAAGUCCAGUUUUGGGAGGAAAAAGCCAAGUUAUGCUCCAGUUGUUAUCCCUGAUAAGAUUUUUCAGAUUGAGGAGUCGCCACUGCAAGAGUUCCAUGGCCAUGCCAGUGAUGUCUUGGAUCUGGCUUGGUCCAAAUCUAAUUCUCUCCUUUCCUCUUCCAUGGAUAAAACUGUUCGGUUAUGGCAAGUGGGCCAUGAUGAAUGUCUUAAUGUUUUCAGACACAAUAACUAUGUGACAUGCAUUCAGUUCAAUCCUGUUGAUGACAAUUAUUUCAUAAGCGGUUCCAUAGAUGGAAAAGUUCGAAUUUGGGGAGUGUCUGAGAGGCGAGUUGUUGAUUGGGCUGAUGUUCGAGAUGUGAUAACGGCUAUAUGUUACCAGCCAGAUGGAAAAGGCUUCAUAGUUGGUUCUAUAACUGGCACUUGCUGCUUUUACAAUGCAUCAGGCAACCAUCUUCAGCUGGAUGCAAAGGUAAACUUCCAUGGUAGAAAGAAAACCUCUGGCAACAAGAUUACUGGCAUACAGUUUUCACAGGAAGAAUCUCAAAAAGUUAUGAUAACUUCUGAAGAUUCCAAGCUUCGGAUUCUUGAUGGGAUUGAUGUUGUCUACAAAUACAAAGGGCUUCGAAAGUCAGGAAGUCAGAUGUCAGCUUCAUUUACUUCAACUGGGAGACAUAUAGUCUCAGUUGGGGAGGACUCUCGUGUGUAUGUGUGGAACUAUGAUGGCUUUUGUUCCCAGUCAUCUAAACAAAUGAAAUCUGUCCAGGCCUGUGAGCAUUUCUUCUUUGAAGGUGUCUCUGUUGCAAUACCUUGGUCAGACACUGGAGCAGAGAAGAAGGGCUUAGGUAGUGACAGUCUCCGGCAAAGUCCGCCGACACAGGACCACCUAGAGGCUGCUUCCUGGAUCAGAGAUUCCGAACGGUUUUCUCUUGGUAAUUGGUUCUCCAUGGAUGGCUCAUGUAGAGGUGGAGCAACAUGGCCUGAGGAGAAACUUCCCCUAUGGGGUGCUCCAGAACACGAUCAUCACCAUCAUGACCAUCAGCAGCAGCAACAGCACAACGAUGUCCAGAACCAUAAUCACCUAGCUCUUUCUGAGGCGUGGGGCUUAGUGAUUGCUACAGCAGGUUGGGAUGGAACAAUCAGGACAUUCCACAACUACGGAUUGCCAGUCAGGCUUUAGAUUUGGAUGGAUCACAUGGUGACUCAGAAUCAGGGGACGUAUAAAGUUGACAAUGUGAUAUGCAUGCAAUUGCGAGCAUUGCCAUUUGUCGAUGAAGGUCAUAUGCUAGGAAGCUAUGAAGUUUAGCAGAUGUAAAUGUGUCCAUGGUGUCUAGUUCUUUAUAUCAGUCUGUAUCUUCCUGUCCCAAGCAUAUUCAAAUUUGGGCAAAAGAUAAUCAAGUCUUUGCCCUCCUUUUUUAGUUUCUCGUUCAUGUAAGUCAUCAGGCUCGAGCAGCCCAGAUAGUGGAUGCUGGCCAUGAUAUUUUCAUUUUUCUGUGAGUAAUACCUAAUUUUUGACAAACAGAAAGGAGAAAUACAGAAGGUGAUUAAAAGAAAUGGCAUUGAAUUCUUGUGCUA